AUUAAAACCCGUUUAAUGGCUAAAUAUUUGAAGUAAUAUUUAAGAACAUUUUUAGCUGGCAGGUGUGGCAUAAAGUUAAUUUUGGAAUGAAUGGUCGCGCGCAUAUCACAAAAGUCACACGCUAUAUUUAGAAACAACCUGCGCGCGCUCCAACGCGUCUGCUCGCGCUGUCGGUCAGUGUCAAACAAUACACCUUUACACCACAUUUAACCGGACUCAUAGCCUAAAACAAGUGGUUUUCGCUUCACCACUGUGCCGUCCAUCGGACCUACAGUACUGCGUUUAGAGGGAGCAUAGUCGUGUCUUAAAUAACGAGCGACCUCAAUUGAUCAGCGAGCAUGCGCAGGAAGCGGGUGCACACGCACUAAUGGACACUGUCACGCAGGAGAAUUGUCAUGAGGACUAUUUCAUGAACAGAACAGACCCCGAUCCAAAUGCAGAAGCUUAUAUGAACUUUGUGAAGAAACACUGUUGUUAUGAUGCAAUUCCCACCAGCUGCAAACUGGUCAUUUUUGACACCACACUGCAGGUGAAGAAGGCCUUUUUUGCUUUGGUUGCAAAUGGCCUGAGAGCAGCCCCUCUCUGGGACAACAAACUGCAGAGAUUUGUGGGUAAGACUGAACUUGCUGAAUGUGUGCAUAUUAUUUUUAUCUAUGAAUUGUUCUCUUGUUUAUUUCAUUCCCUUGCCAUUUUCGCAGGUAUGCUGACAAUCACAGAUUUCAUCAAUAUUCUUCAUCGGUAUUACAGGUCACCUAUGGUUCAGAUCUAUGAACUGGAGGAGCACAAGAUUGAGACAUGGAGAGACGUGUAUCUGCAAUAUCAUGAUCAGUGUCUUAUCAGUAUCACACCAGAUGCGAGCCUUUUUGAUGCAGUCUACUCUUUACUGAAACACAAAAUCCACAGGCUGCCAGUCAUCGAUCCACAAUCUGGAAAUGUCCUUCACAUACUGACCCAUAAGAGAAUCCUCAAGUUCCUUCAUAUAUUUGGAGCUGCAGUGCCCAAGCCACGCUUCUUGAAGAUGCAAAUUAAAGAUGCAGGAAUAGGAACUUUCACAGAUGUGGCGACUGUCUCACAGACAGCCUCUGUGUACGAUGCACUUUCGGUGUUUGUUGAGCGACGUGUGUCCGCUCUCCCAGUGGUGGAUGACAAUGGCAAGGUGGUUGCCCUGUAUUCCAGAUUUGACGUGAUUAAUCUUGCAGCACAGAAAACCUACAACAACCUUAGCAUGAGCAUGCAGGAGGCCAUGCGGAGGAGAUGCUGUUCUGUGGAAGGAGUCAUUAAAUGUUACCCUGAUGAGACUUUGGAAACUGCUAUUGACAGAAUAGUCAAGGCCGAGGUCCAUAGGCUGGUGCUUGUGGACAGAGAUGACGUGGUCCGAGGAAUAAUCUCUCUCUCAGACCUGCUGCAGGCCUUCGUUUUAUCUCCAGCAGGCACAUUUCAAGACACUCAAGGACCCCGUACAAUAUAAUACAAAACAAUAAAAAUACAAAAUACUCU